CCCGUGUAGCAGCCUCACAUGGACUAGUCUUGAUCUGCUGUGAGCCAGCGGCCCCUUCCCACAGGAUGAACUGUCUCGUUUAUGCUCUAGGAUCCCUUUUCCUUCUGAGUGGGCUCCUCCUCCCCAGCUCCGAAGGGAAGAAGAAGGUUAGUGGAUCACAGGGAGCCAUUCCUCCCCCUGACAAAGGGCAGCCCAAUGACUCUGAGCAAGGUCAAGCUCAGCCAGGAGACCGGGUCAGAGGGAAGGGGAAGGGACAAGCACUAGCGGCUGAAGAAGUGCUGGAGUCCAGUCAAGAAGCUCUACACGUCACUGAACGCAAGUAUCUAAAGAGGGACUGGUGUAAGACUCAGCCCUUAAAGCAAACAAUUCACGAGGACGGGUGCAACAGUCGUACCAUCAUCAACCGCUUCUGCUAUGGGCAAUGCAACUCCUUCUACAUCCCCCGUCACAUACGCAGGGAGGAGGGCUCAUUUCAAUCCUGCUCCUUCUGCAAGCCUAAAAAAUUCACCACAAUGGUGGUCACCCUGAACUGCCCAGAGCUACAACCUCCCACAAAGAAGAAGAGAAUUACACGUGUCAAGCAGUGUCGCUGCAUCUCCAUAGACCUGGACUAAUGUGCCGCUGGGCCUGUGAAUACUAGAAUAAUGUACUGGGAGCUUCACUCUUCAUAUCCAUACCAUUACUGUCUGUGCCAAGACCAUCAAACCACAAUCCUCACAGGCAUUCUGUUGUGUCCGAGCUACUUUAUGCUUUUCAUGCUAAUACACCAUCAGCAGGAAUCCAAACAAGCAAUAAAUAUCUAGAUUUCCUCCUUCUGCUGAACUGUCCCGAACAGCGUUGGGUUCUUUAUCCUUUUUUUUAGGGAAUGUGGAGGCCUGCAAAGACGGCAUCCAUGUAUACAUUGUGUACAUAUAUAUUAUUUAUUCUCACGUGUGUUUUUGUGCACAUAAAAGAGCAUGAGAAAAGGCGCUGAGACUGAUGAGAGUUAAUGAAUUGUGCAUGUUACUGGCAUGUAGCUGUGAGUCGCCACUACAGGAGACCCAAUAUUAAGGCAAUCUAUGACUUUCUGUAAGGUUCUCUGUGGGUAAACAUGCAUUAUCCACAAUACAUUUUCUUAUAUGUGGGUUAAUCUGCCACAAACCUGGCAAAUAUGGCAGUUUGAGGACAGAAAAUGCCAUGUGAAGCAUGUACAGUCUAAUCAUCGCAAUAUAUCUUUUAAAACCAUUGUGGCUGAUUUGGGGGGUAAAGAGCAACACAAUGCAGGGAAGUUCCCAGGAGUUGGGGAGACUAAUGGCAUAUUUCUCAUGUAUUGAAGACUGCCGGGAGAGAGAGAAGCAAACUGGUGCCAAAUGGCAGUGGAAAAAGAACGAGGAGGAUGAGAUAUUGAGGCAUUUUACUAGGGACUAGAUUACUGCAAUUUAAAGUUGCUCUGACUCCUCUUAUUCACAUUUGGGACUGUAGCAACAACAACUCUGUGUCAUUUUAUUGAGGUCAGGGGUGGGAAACAAAUCACUGCAUGGCUGGUUAUGUCCAGACAGAACCACCCCAAACCCCUCUCGCUUCCCAGAAAGUCCCACAACUGCAAUCUGAGACUGUCCCAGCAAAACAGGACAAUCUAGGGAAAAUGCCAUUGCAAUUGUAGUGUUGCACGAUAAACUGUUCCCUAAAAAAAAAAUUAUUUGUAUUAAACAAAUUAGCGCAGAAAGUUUGCCAAUAAUAUGAGCUUCAUGAUAAAUAAAGAAACAGUACAAGAUGGAAAUAUUA